GAUCCAGCGUGUGUGAGGCUCCGUGCUGCCUGAGUGUCCCUUUGUCCCUCCUCUCCGCACAGCCCCAAUGACAGCGGGGACCCCCGGACCCAUGCCAUCCUGAUCCCGGCCCCAGCAUGCCGGACACCGAGCCGGACAGGAGCAAGAAAGCCCAGCCAGAGGGUGAAAGGGCAGACCCGGCUGGCAGCCAGCAUGGCACGACUGGGGUCCUGGAUAAGCUUUUUGGAAAGCGCCUUCUGCAAGCUGGCCGGUAUAUCACAUCCCACAAAUCCUGGAUGAGGACAGUGCCCACCGAAAAUUGUGAUGUGGUUAUGACCUUCCCAGACACCACUGAUGACCAUACCCUGCUCUGGCUGCUGAAUCAUGUACGACUGGGAAUACCUGAGCUAAUAAUGCAAAUUCGCCAUCAUCGACAUACAAAAAUCUAUGCCUUCUUUGUCACAGCUACAUAUGAGAAUUUACUCCGCGGUGCGGAGGAGAUUGGACUUCGCAAGCCUGUAAAAGCAGAGUUUGGAGGUGGAACCCGUAUUUUCUCCUGUGACGAAGAUUACAUUUAUCAGAAUAUUGAAAAUGAGCUGAAUUUUUUCACAUCUCAGGAACGUCAGAGCAUCAUCAGGUACUGGAUGGAGAACCUCAGAGCUAAACAAGGAGAAUCUUUGCACAAUAUUAAUUUCCUGGAGGGCCAACCGAUCAUCCCAGAGCUCUCAGCCCGUGGAGUUAUCCAGCAGGUUUUUCCUGUGCAUGAACAGAGAAUAUUGAGCCGGCUCAUGAAGUCCUGGGUCCAGGCAGUGUGUGAAAGACAGCCCCUAGAUGAAAUUUGUGACUAUUUUGGGGUGAAGAUUGCCAUGUAUUUCUCAUGGCUUGGCUUCUAUACUUCAUCACUGGUUUAUCCAGCUAUCUUUGGCAUGAUGCUUUGGUUCUUCACUGAAUCAGACCAGACCAGCCGUGACCUAUGCUGCGUGGUCUUUGCACUCUUCAAUGUUGUUUGGGCUACUCUGUUUCUAGAAGGUUGGAAACGGAAAGGAGCAGAGCUUGCCUACAAGUGGGGGACUUUAGAUACCCCUGCAGAAUUCAUUGAGGAGCCACGACCGCAGUUCAGGGGUGUGAAAAGAAUUAGUCCUGUGACCAACUGUGAGGAGUUUUACUAUCCACCAUGGAAACGGCUCCUAUUCCAGUCCUGUGUCAGCCUGCCUGUCUGCAUGUCCUGUCUCUGCUUCGUCUUCAUUGUGAUGCUUGCUUGCUUUGAGCUGCAGGAGUUCGUCCUCAGUAUCAAAGAGCUCCCAAGGCUUGUGCGCUUCUUUCCCAAGAUCCUUUUGGCUGUUAUAGUUAGUUCCUGUGAUGAGGUGUACAGAAAGAUUGCAUACUGGUUAAAUGAUAUGGAGAAUUACCGUUUACAGAGUGCCUACGAAAAACAUCUAAUCAUCAAAAUUGUUUUAUUCCAGUUUGUAAAUUCCUACCUAAGUCUUUUCUACAUCGGUUUCUACCUCAAGGACAUGGAGCGACUUAAGGAGAUGCUGGCUACACUCCUGGUUAUACGUCAAUUCCUACAGAAUGUGAAGGAAGUUGCACAACCUCACUUAUACCAGAAAGUGCAGCAAGGAGAAAUGAAUCCACGAUCGAUUUUGCUCUUUGUUCGAUAUGCCAUUAGAAGGCUUGUGCAGAAAUAUGCACCAGUUCAGCGCCCUGCAAGGACACCUGGGGAUCCUCUAGAGCCUGGAUUUGGGAAUCGCAAAAAAUGCUUAAAUGGAGGUUGUGGUGUGCCAGAGGAGGAGGAAGGAGUCUUGGAAGAGGAGGAGUUAGAGGAAGAAAGUAUCAUGGAUUGUGGUCUAAAAUUGAAGAGGGUUAGCUUUUUGGAGGGAAAGCGCGUGGAAGAGAGCAUAUUGCCUCACCAGGAUGAUAUCAGCUUUUUACAGGAAGGGAGUCCUACACUUGUGGAGAAGGGCAGUGACCCAGCAUCAGUUUUCCAGUUGGGAGAUGAUGAAGAUGAUGAGAGAGAAAUAAGUGAGGAGAUGCAAGAUAUUGAGGAACAAGAAGAUGCUGUAAAGUUGAGGCCACAUAAGAGGCGAAAGAAAAGGCUAAAUGUUGAGCCAGAAUUGAGUAGGGAAGGUGAGGAAGAGGAUGAAGAAAGUUUAAGAAAGCAGAAAAGAGAUUCAUGGAUGGACCCUCCAGAAGACCAUUAUCCUACAAAGCUGACUCAAGCAGAGGUUGAAAGUUGUAUGAAGAAGUAUGAGGAUACCUUCCAGGAUUAUCAAGAAAUGUUUGUGCAGUUUGGCUAUGUGGUCCUCUUCUCGUCUUCUUUUCCCCUCGCUGCAGUAUGUGCCCUUGUUAAUAACAUCAUUGAAAUCCGCAGUGAUGCCUUCAAGCUGUGCAGCGGACUUCAGAGACCAUUCGGCCGUCGUGUGGAUGGUAUAGGACAGUGGCAAAAUGUGAUGGAAGCAAUGGGCGUCAUUGCCAUUAUCGUGAACUGUUACCUGAUUGGACAGUGCGGGCAGCUUCAGAGAUUAAUACCAUGGCUGGGUCCUGAAUCGGCCAUCAUAUUUAUUGUUGUACUGGAGCAUUUUGCAUUGCUUCUGAAGUAUAUAAUACAUGUGGUGAUUCCAGACAUCCCUGGAUGGGUGGCUGAAGAGAUGGCAAAGUUGGACUACCAAAGGAGGGAAGCAUUUAAGAAACAUGAACGUCAGGCCCAGCACCGGUAUCAGCAGCAACAGCGCAGGAAGCGGGAGGAAGAGGAGAGACAACGACACGCCGAUUAUCAUGCACGAAAAGAACGAGAGAGAGGGGGAGAGGAAGGAAGAUCUGGUCAGGACUCUCAAACACAUGAGAAGAACUCAAGUAAAUCUAAGCCAUGUGGUUCCCAAGGUGGGAGCGCUCAUGACAAACCGAAGAGGCCCAGCUCCCUGCUGGCCAGCAAUAAUGUGCUCAAACUCAAGCAAAUUAUUCCCCUGCAAAGCAAAUUCUUGUCAGGGACCAAUGCCAAAUCUCCACAAUCUCCUCCAGGGGGAGAUACCAAAAUACCUAGCUUCCUGAGUUUCAAGUUCUUAAAAUCUCCUGAAACUCGUAGAGAGGCAGCACCAGAAAGAGCUCAUUCUCCAACCAAACCUUUCCAUCCUGGGAAGCUGUUUAACUUUGGUAAAGGUGAAGGGCAAAUAGGAGGCAAUGGUUUGGGAGCACCUAUUUCUCUGCAGCCUCGUGGGGCAACAGCUGUAAUAGCCUCAUCCGAUGGGACAGUUCCUGGAAAGUCGCAGCUAAAUGGAGUUUCAGAAGACAUACCAGUGAAUGAUGCAGAUGACCAGGGGAGGGCACAAAAACAGUGAGCUCCUUUGACCUAAUGACUGCCUCCAUUCCUGUAACAAUAUAAGGGCAUGGAAGCACUACAAGAGGUGGAGGUGGGUUACUACUAGUGGGAAAUAUUUUCCCGCUGAGAAUGUCUUAAGUGCAUAUCAGAGAGAAUUCCAGUGGUCAGAGAUGCCAUCUUGCGUCAUGAGCUACAUUGGUGCAAUAUGCUAUAUACACAUGUACCACCUUGUUACUUGAAGGUGCUGCAUUGUAUAAUGAUGCUGAGUAUCGCUAUACACUUCCAGCCUUACUGGAUAAUGAACUUUCUUUACUGUGGUAUGAUGCAGAGUAUCCAUAUACACCUCCAAGAUUUUAAAUGAGCGGAUCUCAUAAUACAGACAUACUGCGCUGUACCAUGAUAAUGAUGAUGAUGAGUACCAUACACACAUUGAGUCUUCUCAUCAUAAUGAUGUCAUGGUGAACACAGUAACUUAAUAUAUCCAAUACAUAUCUGAGCCCAUAAUACUGAAAUUUCUGGGGUGUAUAAUGAUGCAGAGUAAAUCUUUACUAAUCAUUAUCUUGUGGUUUUCCUCCUGAUCAGAUACAGAUAGCAAAUCUGAACUAUGUUCUUGCUGCAUGGCAAUGGUUAGGGAAAGGAGAUGGCAGUAGAGGUAUUACAGCUGGUAAACUUUCCUCCAGUGCCUUAUUGCAGGCCAAUCUGACUGUGGAGAGGAUUCACCUUGUCUCUACAACAGUUCACUACUGACCAGCUCCUCUCCACACCUCUGUGUAAUAACUCUGCUGCCUUCUUCACUCCUGUUACUCAUUUGCUGAUCUAGAGGCCAUAUGUACGUUUCAAUAGAAAACCGACAACAAUGAAGCAAAUAAGAGAGGCAUCCUAAGUGUAUAUGUAAAGGUCUUGUCAAGUCACCAUAUGACAGUCAUAGGAUGGGUGAAUGAAAAGAACUACAGUAAUUGAAGGGGGUCCACGCUUCUGCACCCUCACAUUGCACUUUUUCCCCUGUGAUGGCUUUAGUUAUCCGACGCUUGUAUAACUCAUCUGGAGACAUUUACAAAACAGGAAGCAAUUCACUUUUUUAUGCUUGGCUUCCUGUUCUGUACUGGAACAAUGUUCUUGGUCUUUGCUCAUAACAGUCUGUCCCAUACUGUAUACCGAACAGUCUGACACUUUGUUAAAUUUAUCUUCCAAGGGUGGAAUAUUAUAGGCUCUGCAAGUAUCUGUAAUGCAGAAAAAGACAAGCUAUCCUCACUAUUGUCUAGCACAUACACAUUGGUGUGGCAUAAAGUUUUAUGUCUGUAUCUGACACGUAGUCUCAGAGUGCACCAUAGAUGAACAUUUUGGUCCUUCUAGUUAGCCUGUCCAUUGAAACAUUACGUUGCCAGAGACUGCAGGUACAUGGAUAUUGGAUGCAUAUUAAUCAUAAGCAGCAUUCAGUAAGUCAAAGCUGAAGCUACGUGCUUGUACCCUGCACACUUUUAUAUAUAGAGACCCUGUCGCCAUAUCCUUUGUUUUAUAGCACCAAGUGCAAAUGGAAUCCUGGCUGUGCAGGAAGCUUUCUAUCUAAUGUACUGCGCUCUACCAGGCUUUAUACAGCCAUUAAAGCAAUAAUGCUGUGAGUGGUGCUCCUGCUGGCAAAGGCAUAGCAUGUAGGCUGCAUUCCUAAGACAACAUCGAAUAAGUACACAGCUGGGAAGAACACCGAUAAUUAAUUCUAUUCGCCUCAAUGUUGUGCUACUGUGAGGUAUUUGUCAGUGGAUACUCCUAAAGAGAACCUGUCACACUGAAAGUGCAGUCUGACCUGACAGCAUUGUGUUCUAGGGCAGGAGGAUCUGAGCAGAUUAAUAUAUAGUUUUAUAGGAAAGGAUUUAUGUAUAAUGUGUAACGUUGAAAUAAAUUCCUGCUUAUUCUUGAGUCCAGUGGGUGGUCCAAAUAAGACAUUGGCAGCCAUCCCUGUAUGAGUGUGCAUACAAAAACAACUGUCACACACUAGGACCACCCACUGGACUCCUAAACACAGGAUAAGCAGUGAUUCAGAUCAAUAAUUUAUCAUUUAUACUAAGUCCUUUUCUACAAUACUAUAUAUCAGUUCAGCACCUCCAGCUGUUUCAAGACUUUAAUUCAAAGCACAGUAGAGGUGUAGUCCUCUGGAAAAAUGGGACAUCAAAGUAGGGGUGCAGACUUCAAACUGCACAGAACCGCUCCAGCCUUUAAUUCAGCUCCAUUAAAAUCAGCGUGCCCAAGUGCUGGGAAGAGAGUCCGUGGUCAGCACUGGGCUGACUGACUGGUGGAUAGGCAAUAUCAGUUUUGCGGUCUGCCUGCUUUCUGUGAGCCUUUUUUUAUUUUUAUUGACGCAUGUGUGGUUGGAUUAGAAGUGCCGACCUGAUACUUUCUGAGUCUAGUGUCUCCAGCUGUAGAACAUGCAGCUAAUAGAUCAGACAGCAUGUUCCAUGUGACAGGUUCCUUUUAACAGCCUCUUUCCAGAUGCCCACAUUAUGCAUGUGUUGGACAUUUAAAGACAAGAUUGGCGACCAUCUAAUGGGUGUGGGGGUUGAACGAAAGUAGGAUCAGGGAUGUUUGAUUUCAACAUGCAAACUCCUUAGUUGUCCUUAUACCCUCUGAAAACACAUGGAUGCUUGACCAAGGCAAGAGUACAUGUGUUGGGGAGGUUAAGAAUAGACAGAUGUUUAUCCAACCACUUUCUAAGGUGUAAGCUAUAUGCUUGCUGCACCAUUCAUGAGUAGUAGCGUUACCAUUGGUUCAUUGAUCCCAGGACAUGAAUAAUAUGCUUCAUGGUGGGCUUAAUCUAAUACACCAUUUCACAAACACUUUGUAGGUCAGUGUCUCCAUGAGUUCAUAGUAAAAUGUUGCGUUAGCAUAGAAACUGGGGUUGCCGGAAUUUUUUCUUUUGAAAUCUUUUUUUUUUUUUUUUACUUUUACAUCUGUUGCUGUUUUAAGUCUUGUUUACAUGGCCUACGUGUUUUUACUGGAUACAUGACACUAUUUACUAAUUUAAGAUGACUUAUGAUCUUCAUAGUUUUAAGAAUCGAUAGAAAGGACCUGUCAGGUUUUUGAAUGAUGUUGCAGGAAAAUAAUGCUUGGACCUGGUGAGCCAUGAAUUGCAAAAGUGUAUGGUAUGGUGGUGCUUCAUAUCUUCUGGUGUUAGGAAUAACAUAAAAUAAUUUUUACACACUUUUUAUUGCAAGUAUGUGGUCUGAGCUCUACAUUCGAACAAAGGCAUAUGCCAAAUACAUUAAAUGGGCACUGUCAGAUCCAAAAACUUUUUAUAUGUUGUCACUGAUGAAAAUUUAAAGACCUUUUGUAAUAUGGUUGUUUAAUAUAAUUUGAAUAUUUAACAAAACAGCUCCUGAAAAUCCCAUACCUACUGGGACAAUAACCAGUCCUGCAGCAGAAACAUCUUGUCCAUGAGUCAUGGACAAGAGAUGACUCAUGGACAAGGCUGCAUAAACACACACCUAUCACCUCCCACCACCGCAAGGGAGGGACACGCCCCCUUCCCCAGAGAGGAUUUCUAAUACUGUGAGCUAAUGAAAAGAGGGAUUUUUAUAAUAAAUAUAGGUGAUAGGGGCAUAAAAAUAGUAUGUACAUAGUCAGGAUUAGGUACUGAUUAACAGGUUGUUACCAUGAUUCCCCUACCCAGUUAAAUAUACACAUAUACAUACAUAUAUGCACAAAUCUAGAAAUUCUAAUAUCACAUAAUUGGAUUAAAUAAAGAAAUAAAACAUGUACUAGAUUCCAAGUCCAUCUAAUUUUCUAAAAAAAAAAUCUCCCUUAAUCCCCUAAACAGACCUUACCCUCCACUACAGAUAUUGUUACAUAGUAUUGCGCCCUAGUUGAGGCUUUUUACCUUUCUAACCUUAUCUCUUCUAAUAUUAACCAACAAUGAUAUAGUCUUACCAAAUUGUAUCUAAUAUUCAGAGAGAGUGUUUUGGGAAAAGCACAUGAGACUAGCAAAAGCUCACUUUCCUACAAAUCAUUCGGCCCACACCAUCCUUACUUUUACACAUCUCCCUUAUGGUUGCCCCCAAUUGCCUUAGGUUUGCGCCACUACUAUGGAACAAGCAACCCCCCCCCCUCCCCCACAUGCAUGCACACAGACUCUCACUCAUGACCACUGGAUAAGCAGCCCUGUUUGUCAAUGUGAUUGUGAGGUAAUCACAGAUUUUUGUCACUUAAUUCCAUUUCCAUCAUUGUGCUUAAAGGGGUAUUCCAGGAAAAACUUUUUUUAUAUAUCAACUGGCU